UUGCUUUAUAUUAACUAUUCCUCACAUUGCUGUGAUGCAAAGUUGGUUCAUUCAUAUGCUUAAAUAUUUUGGAAAAGGUUUAGUAAAUUUUAAUAUUACAUUGUGUUAAAAAUGCAUUUAGCCAAAGCGCUGACUAUAUUAUUACUUGCAAAGUGUGCUAUAAUUGCUGGUAAAGAUGAAAACAAAACCUUCGAAGCUACGAAUGAAUGGCAGGAAAUAAAGGAAGGACAGGAAAUCCCAGCAGGAUUGCAUGUGCGCAUUAACUUACAGACCAAGAAAAAGGAAGCAAAACUGUAUGAACCUGAAAAAGAUGACCAUAAACAUAGUGCCUUGUCCAAUGUAGUUGAGAAUGAGGCUAAAACAAAUCAUAAAGAAGCCGCUAAACCUGCAUCAAAAAUCAGUAAAACACUCUCCGAAGCUUUGAAAAGUCUUCCCAAAGAAAGACUAAGUAUUGAUUACUCCCCGGAACAACUGGAACAAAUAAAAAGAGAUUUCAAAACUUACAGUGAAUUGAAGAAAUCUUUUAGUGAAUUAAAAGAUAAAUUCAAAACUGAUGCGGAGCUAAUAACACAGCUUCUAAAUGAGUAUAAAAACCUUAGUAAAGAGCACGAGCUUUCGUUGAAGCCGCAGACUAAACUUGCAACUAAACUUCGUAUACUUGAGGAUCUGGACUAUCUCGUUCAUCAAAUUGACAAUGCAUUGUGGUUUAUUGACGAGGGAGGCUUAGAACAAAUAUUACUACCGCUGGUGGUAAACGAGACAAAUAUAGAUUUACGCAUAAAAGCUGUCCGUGUGUUAGGAGCAGUGACUCUUAACAAUCCCAAGGCUCAAAUAAAAGCGUUCGAAUUAAAUUUCGGAUCUCAUUUAACACAAAUUCUUGUUUCAUCUACGGUAACAGAAGAAUUAUCGGCAACAUUGUACGCUCUGGGUAGUCUUUUGAGAAAAUUUCCUCUGGCGUUACAGAAAAUUCUCUCAACAUCCGGAACACAAGCAUUGAUUACUGUCCUAGCAAAAGAAUGUGAAUUAAAAGUAAAAGCAAAGGCUAUAACACUUAUAAGCGAUAUAAUUGUGGAAAAAAAUCUUGUACUUUCGAAUUAUUCAGACUCAGAUAACCCACUAGCCGCGGCACAAUAUGCUGACUUAAAUAUAUCGGAAUGGCUGCAGUCAAAUGCAUUUUGCGAAACUGUCGACAGGUUGAUUUCAACAAAUCUUUACGAACUAUUGGACCAGCCCGAUUCAGCAGAAUACUUUGUGAUAGGGUUAGAGAGCUCGGAAAAAAUUUGUAAAUCCGUUUGGUCAACAAGCCCUCAAUUGAGGCAUACUUUAUUAACUAUAAAAAACCGCUACAUGCAUAGUCAAAAUGAGUUUCGAAUAGAGGUAGCGCAGAUGAUUGAGAGACUGAUAGAAGUUCUGUAUAGUUCCAAAAGUCAUGAAGAGCUUUAGAGGUUUUCUCACGAAUUGGUAAUAAUAAUGUUCGAAGACAUAACUUGUUUAACACUUAUAAGUGAGGAUUGAAUAAAGAUUAAAUGUAUUUUUUUGUGAUUGGAACAACUUUUAUUAUAAAAGAUAAAUUAAAAUUGGUUAAAUCGUAAAGCAUUUUAAAUUUUCUUCCACAAAAGAAUUUAGUAUAUUUUGAGGGGGAAAACAGGUUAAUACAAUAGUGUAAUAGUAGGACUCUUCAAUCCACCAAGUUUUAACAAGUGGUGAAUAGAUGAAGCAACUGUCAAAAAUAAACAUUUGGUAGCGCCACAAAAGAGCUGCCAAAAAUUACAUUUGUUUGUAAAAAUAAUGAGUUACCCCAGAUUUAUGAGGUAUAACCAUACUUGCUAGCAGCGAAUCUUACUCGAUAACUCUGUUGUUGCGUUGAUAUGCAAAUUUUUCGUGAAGUGAUCUAAGCGCAGAGAUAGCGAGCAGAGAGGGAAACGAAGGCGCCUACUAUGAAAUGUGGCAGCCAGUUUGAGGUGGGCACUAAGGUGGUAUUGUAAAUGUAAAGUUGCUAUUGGCAAAUAAUAAAAAAAUGCUAUGGGAAAACUGUUGCCAAAUAUACGCACGUAUUGAAAGAAAAUAUGUCUUGUAAUAGUUUCACUUUGUUUAAUAUAUUUUGAUAGGUACUUAAAAAAGAAUAAAUGAAGGUUUCAUAUUUUCCGCUUUCGGAAGUAUCUAAAAAUGAAAUUGUUAAAAAAUACAAGUUAUUUCGAAUUCUUAAAAUAACUGGUAUACAAAACCCUCUAGUUACAUGUGUAACGGAUAAUUAAUUCUUCUGUACUCAUUUUAAAAAUGUUAUCGCUUGAUUGUAAAUAUAAAGAUCGAAAGUAUUGAAACUUUAAUUUAAAAAUCUUAGUGCGUUACUAAAUGGAAGAAAAUCAUUAUGUAUAGAAUAUAUCAGAAUCAUUUCGAAUCGAAUUCGUCAAAUUUGGGUGAUUACAUCAAUUCAACUAACAUUACCUUCUCAAGGUGGCAACACUAUAAAUGGAUAUCGUGUUGUGUGGCAUAGAUUGACUGUUAGGCGGGGCAUGCACGAUACAAAAUGUAUGACAACUUGUCCCGAUGGCGAGCAUAAAUGUAAAAUCAAAUUUGUAUUUACACAGCAAAACACUUUUGUCGAACAUCACUUUCAAAGAUUUUUUCUGGCGAUAUGAGCGGAUUUUCCGCAACCCUGCUAUUCGACUAAAGCAUUGCAGAAAUCGCAUAUAUAGAAACACCUAAAGAAAACAAAAGAUGAUUCAUUCAUGGUUUAAUAGAAGACCAGAAAACUCGCAUAUAAAAUUAUUAGUAGAGCUUCAGCGGAUUGUAAAAACUUUGUGCGAAUGGAUGGUCCUGUAUAUGAAGAUUUGCUGGCCAUGGUCAAGCCAUAUUUAUAUGGAAAAGCAUAAUAUAAAUAUGACGGAAAAUAUAUUAAUAUUAUCAAACUCAUUGGGAUCGGAGCAUAGUACAU